ACGAUCAUUAGGAAGUAGGAAGUGGGACAGUGCUUAUGUUGUAUUGUUUUAUUUAGAUAUCAGUUGGUGUGCAUACAUUUAAAGUAGCAUAAUAAGAAAGAAAGAAAAUAACUUGGUCGACGAUUUCGUUUUUAAAAGUGACAAAAUAUUGGAUGUAUUUAUUAAACGUGCAAACCGUGGUUUUUUAAAUCGAAAGUAGAACACGGUUUAAACACAAUUUCACAAUGGCUUCUAGAAUAUUUCGGGAUUCAAACAAAGACAAUGCAGGCGACUUUAUUGGAGAAAGUACUGUGACACAAUCAUGUAAGCCUUGUAUGAAAACCAACGUAUCAAACACUGCUACGGUUUUCUGCAAGGAUUGUGAUGAAUUCUUGUGUGAUACUUGCAAAAAUCCACAUACUGUGUAUAAACCAGGUCAGCAUAACAUUGUCAAUGUGCAGGACACUAAAUCUGCGCCCGUUAUAAUCGACAUGAAAGGAAUGGACAAGUGUCACGAGCAUGGACGAGACAUAGAGUUUUUUUGCCAGGAUCAUUCUUCACUGUGUUGCAGUUCAUGCGUUCUCAUUCACAGGAAAUGUGACCAAGUGGAUGAAAUAGCCAAAGUAUCAAGACAAACACGAACUGAGCUUCAAGCAUUAAAACAAUCGUUAAUAAAAUUGCAAUCCGAGGCUGAGUCUAUUCGAGCGGAUUUUGAGCAGUCGGAAACUGGUUUAAAUGAGUCUAUUGCAAAGAUAUCUUCAGAAGUGGAUAAAAUGAGAGAUCGUAUCAUACAACUAUUUGAAGACGCAAAGCAGAAAUUUAUUGCUGAGGCAAACAAAUUUAAAACUGCGGAACUUAAGCGAAUUAUGAAUGCACGUGAUGCCUCGUCCAAAGUUAAAGACGAAAUAAGUGAAAUCUUGUCGAUGUAUUGUAUCGUUUUAGAACGCGGAACAUCCAGUCAACAAUAUAUUUAUUCGGAACGCAUUAAGGAGAGACGUAAAACAAUGGAAUCAAACGCACAUGACCAAAGAAAGGUUAAAGUUGCAUCCAAAGUUACAGUGUCUUUUUCAAAAGAGCUGACUUCAUUCCUUGAGGUGGGGAGCAAUUUCAUACAACUGAAUUAUGAUGGCAAGCAGACAGUGAAGACCAGUCCCAUUAGCUUAUCAUCCCAACCAAGGCCAGUCACCCUGGAGCUGCUCGUAUCCGUGGAUCUACCAAAGACUGGAGAUGAUGAGAAGAAGCCUCUCCUCAUUGGACUGGACUUCCUGCCGGACGGGAGACUGGUAGCCGUGGAUAACAGGAACAUGAAAUGUAUCAUACUGAAUGAGCGACUACAGAGACUUGGAACACCGUACACGUUCACGGGUAACCCAUAUUGCGUAGUAUGUGUGUCUCAUGAUACACUGUGUGUAACGUUUAACGGAGUAGUAUACCUCCUGUCUGUGAGUACAGACAAUACCAUCACACUGACCAGGGAGAUCAAUACAACAUCCACGUUCUACUCUAUAUGCUGCAUGUCUCCAUCUAACAUGGUCGUGAGUACGUACGAUGAUCCCCGUCCAGUUAGAAUGAUAUCAGUGGACGGGGUUGAGACAGACUUUGAUCACAUCCUGACGUUUCCAAAGAAGACUUACAAAGUAGAUGAGAGUGCGUGCACGUAUGUCCAGUCUAAGAACACGUUAGUACUGACUGACAGGUUCGCUCAUACGGUAUACAUGCACGACACCUUGAAAGGCACGUCUAGAGCAGUCACUAAUACGAACAUACAGGAGCCUCGUGGUGCCUGUGUAGGGCCUGGUGACACGGUGCUGGUGUGUAGUACGAUUAAGCACUCCAUCGUGCACCUGAGUGUUGAUGGAAACAUUAUCGGUACCUACCCAGUGGAUAUGUUGUGCCCACACAGCAUAGGUUUGUCUAAGAACGGCACUAGGUUGGCGUUGUCUAACAGUGCUAAGGGCACCAAGAAACUUCAGUUGUAUAAGAUAUCACCGGCGUUAGGUGACUAGUAAGACGUGAUCCAUGUGAUCAUGCAAUGAUCUACCAUCAUAUAUAUUAUAAAUGCUCGGGUAUGGUGAUGUUUAAAUCAAUACGGUAUACGUUUUGAUUGAUGAAAACUAAAUAGUGUUGUUAUUCAUAUUUAUUGCACCUGAAUUUAAAACUGCCCAUGUAUUGUGAAUUUAACAUUAUUUAACAUUAGUUUUAAAACACUUAAAAUAACGUCAUGUUUUACAAAAUACACGGUGCAGGUGUGCAGUAUUAGGAAGCACUCCAUCGUGCACCUGAGUGUUGAUGGGA